GUCUUAAAGAGAGAAAAAGAUUGAGAUAGAGAGGCAUUUAUUUGUUAAAGAGUUUUGAGAGAGAGAGAGAGAGAGAGAGAGAUGGCGAGUACUGCUGGCAAGGUCAUCAAAUGCAAAGCUGCUGUUGCAUGGGAGGCUGGGAAGCCGCUGGUGAUGGAGGAGGUGGAGGUGGCUCCUCCUCAGGCAAUGGAGGUUCGAAUUAAGAUCCUAUUCACUUCGCUUUGCCACACUGAUGUCUACUUUUGGGAAGCAAAGGGGCAGACGCCUGUGUUUCCUCGGAUCUUUGGGCAUGAAGCAGGAGGAAUCGUGGAGAGUGUUGGAGAGGGAGUUACAGAACUUGCACCGGGAGAUCACGUCCUCCCAGUGUUCACUGGAGAAUGCAAGGAUUGUGCUCACUGCAAGUCAGAGGAGAGCAACAUGUGCACUCUUCUCAGGAUUAACACUGACAGGGGAGUGAUGAUUGGGGAUGGGCAAUCAAGGUUCUCCAUCAAUGGCAAACCUAUAUAUCACUUUGUUGGAACCUCAACAUUCAGUGAAUACACUGUUGUUCAUGUGGGUUGUGUUGCAAAGAUCAACCCCAAUGCUCCACUGGAUAAAGUUUGUGUUCUCAGCUGUGGCAUUUCAACUGGUCUCGGUGCAACACUAAAUGUCGCAAAGCCACCCAGAGGUUCAACAGUUGCUGUUUUCGGAUUGGGAGCUGUCGGCCUUGCUGCUGCGGAAGGGGCCAAAAUGGCAGGGGCUUCAAGGAUUAUCGGUGUUGAUUUGAAUCCAAGAAGAUUUGUUGAAGCCAAAAAGUUUGGUGUCACUGAGUUUGUCAACCCAAGUGACUUUGACAAGCCAAUUCAAGAGGUGCUCACUGAAAUGACCGAUGGUGGAGUUGAUCGGAGCAUUGAAUGCACUGGCAACAUCAAUGCUAUGAUAUCGGCUUUUGAAUGUGUUCAUGAUGGCUGGGGUGUUGCUGUUCUCGUCGGAGUGCCUCAUAAAGAUGCUGUGUUUAAGACACACCCUAUGAAUCUUCUUAAUGAAAGAACACUCAAGGGAACCUUCUUUGGUAACUACAAGCCUCGCUCUGACAUCCCUGCUGUCGUCGAGAAAUACAUGAACAAGGAGCUAGAACUGGAGAAGUUCAUCACUCAUGAAGUUCCAUUCUCAGAGAUAAACAAGGCCUUUGAAUACAUGCUCAAAGGUGAUAGUCUUCGCUGCAUCAUUCGCAUGCAGGAAGAGUAAAACUCUUUGUAAUUUUUCCUGCAAGUUUUGCUGCAAAUAAAAUAAGCCUAGCCUCCAGGCUCCAGGCCUCUCUUGUUGUUUAUACAGAGUACUGUUCUUGUAUUUCUGUUGGAAGAAAUCAAUGAAGUUGAUUGCAUA